AUGGUGGAAUGCAUGACGACCGCCGGAGCCUCCGAAUCUCAUUCCACUCAACUCGCUAAUGUUCUUCUGGAAGGAGACAUCCGCGGACAUUAUUCGCACGGCCUCAACCGACUUGGUUUGAAUUCAGAAUCUAAAUUGAACUCAACAUUCAAAGUUCAGAUAUGUACGUGAGAGAUGUGCAAAAAAAUGUAUGCAAAGGCGACGGAGAACCGAUUAUUUUGAAGGAAAGAGCAGGAACUGCUUGGGUCGACGGAAAUAACCUUUUGGGACCAGUCGUCGGAACUUCUGCAUGGAUUUGGCAAUCAAAAAAGCGAAAGAUGCCGGAAUCGGAUGGGUCGUCGCGAAGGGAUCGAACCACUACGGCAUCGCCGGAUGGUACGCUUUGAGAGCGAUGAAGCAAGGAAUGCUGGUUGGUUCCCCGUGAAGUUCGACUGAUUCCACAAGAAAGUUAUUUCAGGGGAUGUCGAUGACCAACACUUCGCCAAUUUCGUAUCCGACCAGAAGUGCCGUGCCUGCGUUAGGCACCAAUCCGAUCAGUUUGGCAGCCCCGGGAACUGGAGACGAUGCGUUCGUGCUUGAUAUGGCAUCAACAACAGUGGCCAUCGGAAAGGUAUUUAUUAGGGGAACAAGCGAAAUGUCAAACGAGUUGGGCGAUACGUAG